GCGUGUUGCAGUUGUUUGUGAGUACACACACUUUACAGAGGACCAGCUCAAACCUGCAGCCACACAGCCACCAUGAGAGAGUUCAAAAGCAAGGAAUUCUGGAGGGCCGUUCUGGCCGAACUGGUUGGCAUGACCCUUUUCAUUUUCCUCAGCAUCUCCACAGCAAUUGGAAACACAAAUAAUACCAAGCCAGACCAGGAGGUGAAGGUGUCACUGGGCUUUGGACUGUCCAUCGCCACACUGGCCCAGAGUUUGGGCCACAUCAGUGGAGCCCACCUGAAUCCUGCUGUUACCCUUGGGAUGCUUGCCAGCUGCCAGAUCAGCGUGUUUAGGGCAGUCAUGUAUAUUGUGGCCCAGAUGCUGGGCUCAGCUCUGGCCAGUGGCAUUGUGUAUGGAACACGACCAAGUACCCUUGAAGCACUGGGGCUCAAUACUCUCAACGGUGUCACUCCCAGCCAAGGCGUGGGCAUAGAGCUCCUGGCAACCUUCCAGCUGGUGCUGUGUGUUAUUGCAGUCACUGAUAAAAGGCGGCGUGAUGUCACUGGCUCAGCACCCUUAGCCAUUGGCCUCUCAGUGUGCCUGGGACACUUGGCAGCAAUCAGCUACACAGGCUGCGGCAUCAAUCCCGCUCGCUCAUUUGGUCCGGCUUUGAUCCUGAAUAAUUUCACAAACCACUGGGUGUACUGGGUGGGGCCAAUGUGUGGUGGCGUGGCGGCAGCUCUCAUGUAUGAUUUCCUGCUGUCACCCAAAUUUGACAACUUCCCCGAGCGUAUGAAGGUUCUGGUCAGCGGCCCGGUGGGCGACUACGACGUGAAUGGAGGCAACGACAAUACAACUGUGGAGAUGACGUCAAAGUAGUGCAGUGCAAUCACAACCACUUAGUGUCAUUGUACAUGUCUAUACUCUUGUAAAAAGCCUCUUCUUUUUCUUCUAUUUUGAAAUACCAAUGAGGAUUAUGGUAACGGGUCAGUUAGUGUCUCUUUCUAACUCACUCCUGGUUUGACCCCACUCACUGCCACUAAAGCAUAAAAGUCAAGGUUGGGAGAAUCUUGACAGAGCAGUGUGUUGAAAUUAUUCCCAAUAUCAGUAUUCUAUGUUGAGCCAUUUUUUGUAUACAUAUUUCUAUGUGCCUGUAUCACUUUUUAUCUCUGAUGAAUAAUGUAUUGUAUGUACACUCUUGAAAGGUCUGUCACUUUUUUUUAAGUAAAUAAAACACUUGUUGUUACACUUCCUA